AUGCAAAGAAGAGAUUCGCUUCGCGCACAUAGAUACCACCCAGACCAAUAUCCCUCUACCCGGACACCAUCGUCUUCUUCUUUUUCUUCUUCUUCUACUUCCCCCUCCUCGUCGGCACCGCUACACAACAACAACAACAACAACAACACUACUCUUCCUCCGAUUACCUUCAUUACGGAGUACGCCGGCCGCAGUCGAAGCUCGUUCGCCUCAUCUUCCAAUCCGGUCUCCUGCCCUUCCUCCCCGCACUCAAUCUCUUCCCGUUCUAGCGGCCCAAAGGAGCCUCAAAGUCCUAUCGACGGACAGCCUCUUCUAGGUGCCAUGCGCAGCACGACCGCCGCGCAUCCUUCCUCGUCGUCCUUCAGCCACCGAUCGAAUCCUUCUGUCAUGCCGCACGAACAUGCUUCGGCCUCCGACUCUUACCACUCUGCACCUGCACACUCCAACUCCUCGCACCACGCACGCCCCGUCGAGGACGGCUCCCAUCUCUGGGGUGACGGCAUGAAGGGCAUCUGGCCCAGCCUCACCGGAGCCCCCCACAACAAGUCGCGUGUCAUGGCCGCACCCGCUGCCACCAAGGGAGACCAUCUCGAGCCUGCGCGUCCGUCCGACGUCGAGGCGGCCUCCUCCAUCUGGGACAUUCCGCGCGAGACGAUCACCAUGACCAUGGGCUUUCAGGGACAGUAUGAGGUCCCUUCUCUCCACUCGCAGCCAACCUGGCAGCAGCAGCAGCAGCAAGGACAGCAGCAACAACAGCACAUGCCUUCUUACAACAACGUCGCUGAGGACGGUCAUCAUGCUCAGAUGGACCACCCUUCGUCGUACUCGAGCGUGCCAGCUCCGUCCGGUAUGGCGGGGCCGACAGGAGAGUCGAGAUCGCGCGUCGGCUCGGACGCAGCUGCUUUGGCCGAUCGUCACUAUGCGCGCAGACCCAACUAUCAGCACGGUCGCCCGCUCGAUGCUCCUGCCGACGCCUCCAACGGCGGUCAGUGGUGGCCCGCCGAGUCGCAUGCAGUCGAUGAGGCUUCGGCGCAGGGCUACUACGGCGCCCGCAGGCUUCAGCCGCCCCCGCUCCCCGAGACGCGCUCGGCUCCCCGACCCGGCUGGUCGAAUCCGGGAGGCUUCGAGAUCAGCGGCUACGAGUUUCCGCAGUCGAGCCUUGGCAAGCGCCAGUACGAUGAGGAGACCAUGGGUGCGUCGUCGCAUGGCAACCUUGCCGAUGGAAGCGACGGUGCCGCGCGCAGAUACUCGCUCGCCUCCAACAUGUCGUUUUCUCGACCCUCGGCGCCGGUCGGCAAUGCGAUCAACAGCUAUCGUCCUGCGCACACCGAUCCUCGCCGUCCGUCGUUGCCUUCGGAUCCGUACAAUGUCCAGCAGCCUGCUCCGGCGACGCAGCGCGCGGGCUACUCGUCGUCGCAGCAGUGGAGCCCGUGGGGUGGAGCUUCGUCGCACUCGGGCGUGCCGGCGGGCAUGAGUGCCUCGGCCUCGUCGCCGAGCCUGCCAGGCUGGCGCGACCACGCGCCCAUGCGCUACGGCAUCGAGGCGGGCUAUCCCUCGCCGAGCGGUAUGGCAGGAGGCGACAAGCGCCAGCAGCGCGAUCGAUCGUCGUCGUCGGCGUCGGCGGUGCAGCAGGCCAAUACGCUCGCUAAUACGCCGUACCAGAUCACCACGGACAUCGUGCUGCGUGCGCCUCCGGGCAGCAAGAUGGAGGAUGUCUACUACGAUCAGCACUGCGAGAUGCGCACAGGCAUGCCUGAUCCGCCCGCCUCGGACUUUGAGGUCGAGAACGAGGACGACAGACCGCGAAGGCAGACGGACAAGCUGCGCUUUCCCGGUGACUUGUACACGCCGCGCUGGGUGCGGGGUGCUGGCAAUGCACGCGAGGCGUGGUGCGACCGUUGUGAGAACGGCAACUGGCUGCAACUGAAGAACUCGCAGUACUGGUACGACCAGGUGCACAAGCAUGGCAUCUCGUCCGUCUCGGGUCUUCGUUUCACUGCCCCUACGCAUCUCAAGGUGUACGCCGACGCCGCCGGCACCGUCGAAGGCAAGUGCCACCAGUGCAAGGAGUGGAUCCUCAUCUGCACUGCCAAGCGCCGUCGCAACUUUGCCGCCUUUUUCAAGCACGCACACGCCUGUCACUCGUACCGCAAGGCCAGCGCGGUUGGCAACGGUCCGUACGUCGAGCACAACCCAGGAGGACAUCGCAACAAGAAGGGCCACCACUCGCCCAUGUGA